AUGGCUGUUACAGCCGAAGUAGAGGGGUUCCGAACGGAAAACGAUCUCCUAGAGCGCGUUCUCUCGGUGGAUUUUUAUCGCGACCUCCCGAAGGAGAUUCCCAAUCUGCUUCCAGAGGUCCAGACUUCGAUACGAUGGGACACACCGCUGGAACCCCUGCCUAUACAAUUCAACAAUGUCGAAACCUAUCAACGCAGCUUCUUCCCCUUGUACAUGAUCGAGUGUCUGCAGAUGCUCGCCAGCAGCAAGUACAUGAGCAUGGGAUAUCCCUUACGAGUGUCGGAGGUGGGGUGUCACAAAAAUGGGCGAUUCGUGGAAAUCACACUCAAGUCGAACGCCGUGCUGCCAUUCGUCUGCGGCGACAUCGCGCUCCUAUACGUCGGCAAGCCGGGGCAUGACGUUAUGCCUAAAAAGGAUGUAGAAAUGACGCCAGCAGAUGUGUUGCCCAGAGACACAGAUGAGGGUCCCGCGUACGUGGUCGUGCCGGAUGACCACCCGCUAUACGAAGAUACGCUGAAGCAUGCACUUGGAUUUGUGCUCGAGGCGAAAAGGCGCCACUGUACACUGCAGGUGCUAGCCAUGCCCCCAAAGUUUUGCUCGCCUAAGACCUUCGACGUCCGCAGUGUAGAACGCCUGGAAGCCAUACAGGAUAUGAUCAUGUUCAGCAGGCACGGGAGUAAGAAGUUUAGUGACUUCGGCAAGGGCGAAUCCGAAAAGGAUGUGUGGUAUUUGUCAAAGCUUUGCUCGUUCACAACGGCAUUGAGGGAGUUCCAAGCGCUGCGAGGUAUGGCCUGGAUGCCGUUGCAGAAUAAGUUGUUGAUGAGUUCUGUUGAACCACCCCAGGAACAGCCGGUAAGCGACGCUCAUAAAAGCACUUACCUGGAGGGGAUACGUAUUCCUAAGAAGUUGAGGAAGAGCCUGGAAUCUUCAUACAAUGCGGCGCAGCUCCGGGCUAUCAGAAACAGCCUAAAGAGCGACGGUAUUACUCUUAUCCAGGGGCCCCCGGGAACGGGUAAAACCACCACCAUUAUAGGGAUAAUUAGCGCCAUAUUGGAGCAGGAAUCCCUGCCGUACGAUAGCGAAGCAAAAGAAGCGCCACCUAAAGAAACGGCUGGAACAAGUGACAAAGCACAGAAAAACAAAUCCGCGUGGUUCAAGUAUAUAGACGGCAACAAUAUGAAUGAACCACUGGAAAUCGCAUUCGAUACACUCGGUAUCACGGAUACGCAAACGAGUAAUGGUACGCACCGGUACGACUCAUACGCGUGCAUGAAGCCCGCAAAAAGCUCCUCGUCCGAAAAGGUGACGGUUCCUACACUGAGACACAGUAGGCGGCGAAUACUGAUAUGUGCGCCGUCUAACGCGGCCAUUGACGAAAUUGUUAGGCGGUUGGUGCGACCAAAUACUGGUGGAAUUUUUGAUGCGGAUGGUAAACGGUUGAACCCGUCGGUGACACGUAUAGGUCCUAACUUUCACGAUGACCUUACCGUCUACAGCCUCAACAACAAAAUCGACAUGCUGGGAAGGAAAAAAUACGGCCACAAGUUUCCUAACAUGAAAAAUCAUUUUAGAUCAAUGUUAGUGACAGAAACGCUGCUCCACAGCGACAUUGUGUGCUCCACCCUAUCGGCAUGCGGGUCGAUGGAUAUGGUUAAGAACCACGCCAUGUUCCACACCCUGAUCAUUGACGAAGCAACGCAAGCUGUCGAGCUUUCGACCCUCAUAGCGCUCCGUCUGGGCUGCUCACGUGUCGUAUUGGUGGGUGACCCGUGCCAGCUGUCGGCCACGGUCUGCUCCAAUGUGGCAGUUUCCCUCAAGUACGACCGGUCGCUGUUCCAGAGGUUGCAGAUGUGUGGAUACCCGGUCAACCUGCUCGACAUUCAGUACCGUAUGGACCCCGGCAUCAGCAGGUUCCCCUCAAUGUACUUCUACAAGAGCCAGCUCAAGGAUGCGCCCAGCGUGUACCAGCGGCAGCAACGGGAUUGGCGAGAAUUCCCGUUGCUGCGCCCGGCGGUGUUCUAUGCCAUCGACUCGAUGCAAUCCAAGGACGAAACGUCAUACAAAAAUGAGAUGGAGGCCAAUCUUGUCUGCCAACUGCUGGACAUGAUCCUGACGGUGCUCGGGUCAGAGCGCGACUACAAGCCCGAGUUGCUGGAGCAGAGAAUUGCCGUUAUCACGACAUAUUCCGCACAGGUGGCGCUUCUGAAGGAGACGAUUGCAAAGAGGCAUCCUCAGCUAGUGGCACCACCCGUCGAAAAAGAAAAGAAAAAGGUUAAGGAGCCCGUACCACCUGGUCCGCCGCUGCCAAAGCUGCUGAUAGACGUCAGCACGGUGGACGGCUUCCAAGGAAUGGAAAAGGAAAUAGUCAUCUUUAGCGCAGUGCGCACAGGAUACGUCGGGCAGAAGAAUGCAGCACAAAAGACGUUGAGGGAGAUCACGCCUCCAAACGUCUUGACUAUCGACACCGAGCCGCACGAACCCGAUGCAGCCAAACGGUUUGCAAGCAUGAUGGAAGAGUAUAUCGAUGGAAUACGUACAGGCAAAACCACGUCCAAUAUCCCGGACGUCGUGGACGUAUCCUUCAUCGCCGACAGACGGCGUAUCAACGUGGCCAUCACACGAGCGUGCCGCAACCUCUUCAUCAUAGGCAACCCGAGGUUCCUGCUGCGACACACGCACUGGCAGGCUCUCUACCAACACUAUGCCCAAUGUGGCGGCAUCUUCAUUUGCAAACCCGAUCGGGGCAAGCUGAGGCCGAAUUACCUCGAAACGUGGGCACGUGACUACCUUAUACGAGACAAGGCAGCUCGUAAGCGUUACCUGAAGAACCCCCUGUUGUCCAAGUUAAUCCUCAAGAUCAUGGGUUGGGAUGAAAAAACGGCGAGUGAGCAAACUGGAGAUGAGCAACCGGCGGCUACACAACCAGCAGCCAAACAACCAGCAGCCAAACAACCAGCAGCUAAACAACCGGCAAGUAAGAAGCCGGCGAACAAGCAACCCUAA